CUGAAUGUACAGCCCUUUCUGGGCCGCUUGGGGACACCGUACAGGUGGCACCAGGCCCCGAGUGGACGGGGGGCUACCUCCGCGUGUCGCCCGCGGCCAGCACCCGAGCAGGCUCCGAGGUGGGCGCGGACCUCCACGCGCCACGACCGGGAGGAAAGUUCCUGAGCCCCACCCGCCGGGGGCGGAGCUCUGGCUGGGCCCAACCACUGCCCAGGGGCCCGGGGGUGGGCCCGGCCAAUCUCGCGGUCCUAAUGCGAGCCCUGACUCCCACCCCGAGGAUUCCCCACGCCUUCCCGAAGGCCCCCUCUUCCUGCCGCACUUGCCGCGACCCCGAAGAGCCCCGGUCUGCCCUUGCCGCCCCGUCUGCCCCGCGCUCCCCCGUCUCGCUUGGUGCGGCCCCGUGCCUCCGGUCACGCGGCGGCGGGGCGAGGCCUGCCUGGAGCCCAGCUGGUACUUUUUGCAGACUCCGCUGGCGUCUCGCGGAGCGACUGGCACCAUGCUGGGCUUGGGUCGCCUAACCUUCGUCCUCCUGGCCGCGGCGGCCACCUGCGCCCUGGCGCAGCAAGCGCCGCCGUGGACAGAAGAUUGCAGAAAAUCCACCUAUCCCCCUUCUGGACCGACCUAUCGGGGUCCGGUUCCGUGGUACACCAUAAAUCUCGACCUCCCGCCCUAUAAGAGAUGGCAGGAACUGAUGGCUCACAAGGCACCCGCGCUAAAGGUUUUGUUGAAUUCCAUGAAGAAUAUGAUAAAUGCUUUUGUGCCUAGUGGAAAACUUAUGCAGUUAGUGGAUGAAAAGUUGCCUGGUCUACUUGGCAGCUUUCCUGGUCCCUAUGAGGAGGAGAUGAAGGGGAUUGCCGCUGUUACUGACAUUCCUUUAGGCGAGAUUAUUUCAUUCAAUAUCUUCUAUGAAAUUUUUACCAUUUGUACUUCAAUAAUCACAGAAGACAAACAAGGUCAUUUACUACACGGGCGGAACAUGGAUUUUGGAAUAUUUCUUGGGUGGAAUGUAAACAACAAUACCUGGGUGGUAACCGAGGAACUAAAACCUCUAACGGUGAACUUGGACUUCCAAAGAAACAACCACACUGUCUUCAGGGCUUCAAGCUUUGCUGGCUAUGUGGGCAUCUUAACCGGAUUCCGACCGGGACUCUUUAGUCUUACGUUAAAUGAACGUUUCGGGACAAAUGGCGGUUAUGUGGGUAUCAUAGAAUGGAUUUUGGGAAAGAAAGAUGCCAUGUGGAUAGGGUUUAUCGUUAGAUCCGUUCUGGAAAAUGGCACAAGUUAUGAAGAAGCCAAGAAUAUAUUGACCAAAACGAAGAUACUGGCCCCAGCGUACUUUAUCCUGGGAGGCAACAAGGCCGGGGAAGGUUGUGUGAUUACGCGAGACAGAAAGCAAGCUUUGGAUAUAUAUGAACUCAACCCCAAGCAGGAUAUAUGGUACGUGCUACAAACAAAUUAUGACCGUUGGAAAAGUCCUUUCUUUCUCGAUGAUCGCAGAACGCCUGCAAAGAAGUGUCUAAACCGGAUAACCCAGGAGAAUAUCUCAUUUGCAACCAUAUAUGACGUCCUCUCGACAAAACCUGUCCUCAACAAGCUGACUGUAUUCACGACCCUGAUGGAUGUCACCAAAGGCCAGUUUGAAACCUACCUGCGGGACUGCCCAGACCCUUGCAUAGGUUGGUGAGCACACACUGGCUUCUAGAAUGCUCUCCGUGCGGCCUGAAGACGGAAACUCACCCCUGUCCGAGUAGUGCAGCUGUCUGAUCUCCUUCCAAAGACUGAGCCUCGGGGCAGUUUCUCUUUGAGGCAUGAACUCGUCUUAGUACCGAUCACAGACUGUUUCUGCCGCACACGAUGAUUGUUCUCAUUUACAGAGAACUCCGUAAGAGAACCCAGUCCCCUGGAAUUUGCGGUGUCACGUCACUUGGACAUUUGGGGACAGGGACACGGUGGGGCCCACCUCCACAGAAUGAAGCACGCGUCCCGGUGGGCGUGGACUCCUGCACACCAUCCCAUUUUUCCCGUUACUCCACAUAUUUGUAUGGUUUUUCGUACAGCAGUAUUUUCCUUUUGAUUCUGACUGCUGUUAACAUUGGCAUGCCAUCAUGGUCUUUGCUGUUUUUGACAGCAGUGUCAUUUCAACUGAUUUUGGUUGGAGAGGGAGGAGACAGGCAUUCAGGUAGUUCUCUCAAUAGGCAGUAAUACUUGAGCCUUUGACCCUGAAUAGAAGCACCUUUUUGGGUUCAUAAAGUAAUCUGUGUGCGAAGGCGGCCUUUGAACACAGAACGGAAAUGUCCCUUUUUCAUCAUUAGUCUCCCCUCCCAGUAACUCCAGGCACUUGUCAACUUCAAAAACUGAGUCCUAGGUUCUUUGAGUUAGUAGUAAAUAGGUCCAAGCCUGUGGAAAUUGACAGGUGAAUCCAUAAACUCUCAUAAAUAUCCACUUAAUACAUACUUAGUCUUUCUGAUCAAUAUGUAUAUUUUAAAACCUUUACUAAAAAUGUUUUUCAGAAAUCUGUUUGUGAAAAGUGCUGAUAGAACUUGUUAACCUUUCAGACUUUCACACAAUUAACUGUGAAGUGCAUGCUGGUUGGGUGAGACUGUAUCGUCUUGGUUUUGUGUAAUGUCACUUGUAUUCACGACUUGAAUAAAGAGUCAUCGGAAGUAGUGUCAGCAGA